AUGGUAAACGGCAACUACGUGUUAUACGGGGACCGGUCGUGCUCCGAGUCCGAGAUCGUAGACGACCACGUCCAGACGCGGACCGCCGAGCGAAAAGUGAAGCGCAAAGCGAAUCGUAGCGCGAAUGACUUGCACCACUCCCUCAAUCUCGCCAAAUUAGACAACGAGACAGACUCCGUGAAAUACGAGAAGAAAAUAAAGGAGCCGAGACUCCUAAGAUAUAUUCCUACCACGGAGAUACAAGAGAAUUACAUUACAGAAAAGUUUGAGAGCUACGAUUUAAAGGCGGCAGAGGAGGUGCCGAGACGGCAUAACUAUACGAAGAAGCCGAAGAACCCGAGCGAUGGAUCACUCCAUUACUCUAAUUCUCGCUCCAGCAGCAGCUGCAGCUCGCCCAACGGCAACUUACCCACGAUAUCGGAGCAGUGCGAGUCGUACGGCACGUAUAGGAUCCGACCCGUCCCGCCGCCUCCCCAUCACCCCGGGUUCGAAAACAAAUUAGACAAGUACUUCGCUAAGCCGAGGGAUAUGAAGAAUUUUCCAACCAAGGGUUCGCACCCCGACAGCCUGUACCGCGUGACGGAGAGCGGGCUAGGGCGGGGCCGCGCGGGGCGGGCGGCGCGUCUAUUGCGCUGGCCCCUCGCCCUCUUCACUAUAUGCGUCGCGCUUGGCGUGUUCGUCUACUUCCUUGUGCCUAGCAACCUGAAUGCAGAUGUGAAUUCUGCGAAUGCUACGGACUGGGAGGAGAGCGUCGCCGGGGCACAGAGCAACCCUAACAACAGACGAAUCGAGGUCAAAAAUAAAGAAGUUAAGCAGCCUUCCGGAACGAAAACACCAGAAAUAGAUUUUUACGAGGCAGACACUGACAGAAAUUAUGAUAUCACGACGGUUUUAGAUUCGAUCACAGAGAGAACGUUCAAGCGGAAACUGCCCGCGCCACCAGUCUUCCCCUCCCACAUCACACCGGAAAUACAAUAUGGCAACGAGAAGGCGGACUUGGACAAGCUGCGAGCACCCAAAUACCUAGACGAGACGAGGAACACUGUGCCCAGUGAAUCCACGCUCAAACCGCAUAUCACACAGAAGCCGGAGAAACCCCUUGCCAUCUAUUUCCAAGAUGGCAGCGCUAUGCCAAGCAGCACCGAACCUGUCACUGUUAGUGAUUUCGCCGAUGCGGAAUCUUCGAAUGGUCUAUCGGGAUUUGUCGAUAGAGAUCCUAGUGGCAACGCUAAAAGAGAGCCCCUGGAAAUAAUCUACAAUAUAAGAUCUAGGGCCAACGAGAAGUUUGCAAGCUCGGAGCCACCGAUUGUGGAAGAAUUUUACAGUCGACCGCUAGCCAAGGAUGUGAAAUUCACAUCGGGACAUUCAAAGGUGUUCGGUCUCUCUAUUGAAGAGGCAGAACAUAUGAAAUCUACGACACAGCACUCCUUAUACAACACGAGGGUGUCACCAACUCUACCGACUUGGCGCAACAUAAAAGAACCCACCACUAAAAAGUAUCCAGAUGGGUUGAAUAACCUGGAUGUGCAAUGUAGAUCAACUAGUGUGCCUCUAUGUAGAGGUAUUCUGCCGUACGACCUGGCUGGUCCUCCAGUCACCAUGGGCAGAACAACCGUGUCGAGCCUCCUCCCGCAGCUGGAAUACCUCAUCCAAACCAACUGCAGCGAGCGAGCCAUACAUUUCGUCUGCGCGCUCCUUGAACCAGAAUGCAGCCCGCAACCAAACCUCCAAAAACUGCCUUGCUAUAAUUUCUGCAAAGGUAUCGUGGACAGCUGCGAAGGAUCCAUUCCAGCGGAGUUGAACUCAGUGUUCCAGUGCAGCCAGUAUUCAAGCAGCAACUGUGCCAGCCCCAGGAGCCCGUGUCUGUCGCGCGAGAUGGCCUGCGGCGACGGAUCGUGUAUAUCGCGGGACUGGAUCUGCGAUGGAACUAAAGACUGCCCAUCGGGAGAAGAUGAGGCAUCAUGCUCUUUGUGUGAAACUAAUGAAUACAGAUGUGCUUCCGGUAUGUGCAUAACCAAACGUUGGCUGUGCGAUGGUUACUCCGAUUGUCCCGGUGGGGACGAUGAAUCAUAUGACCUGUGCCAAGGCAAGCGGCCCCAGCCGAGAGGGCUCUCGGACUUAGGAGAUGGGGACUUGGGAGAAGAAAUCGCUGGAUCUGCCCCAGCGCCGUCAAUUCGUAAACCAAACAGGGUACCAACUAACCGUGAAAGAAAUUCUGGAUACACGAUGGGUGAAAGUGACAGCAGCAAGGAAAUCCUUAUGACAAGUGAUAGCAAUAACGCCCUUCGUAGGAACUUUACUCGGAGACCUUCACCAUCUCGUCUCUCACCCUACAUUAGACAAAAACCUAAAGGAGUGACCCCAGAAACCAACGAAUAUUCAACUAUAAUAUCAGUUGUCGAAGAAACAACGAAAAAGCAAUUGGAAUUCCCCAAGAGAAAUUCAAGACAAAAGUCAAUACCAGCACCAAAAUCUGCUAACAUAAAAAUGGAAGCCGAAGAAGAUAUGAGUAUAGAAUUUACCAACGACGAGCAAACGACAGAGAAAGCAACGAAAAAACCAACGAUCAUUGAAUUAGAAUCGAAAGCAUCAAAGGGACAAACGAGGGAAAACAAAGUUGAAAGACAUAUUGAUGCUGCGAUGAUGAGGGAACCUCGAGUAGACCGCGACGAAUCCAUAUCGGAUUCGUCGGAAAUCGUGAACGUGACGUUAUCGGAGAGGAGCGAGGAGAUGUACAACAGCGCGCAUGCGUCGCCGUGCCCGAGCGGGGAGCUGCGGUGCGUCGACGGCCGCUGCAUUGCGCUGUCACAACUCUGCGACGGAACCAUAGACUGUUCGGACCACGCUGAUGAAGACAACUGCUACACGUAGUUUAGUUGAUUAGUAACUGAUACUCGUAGGUUAGGCUUUUUCUUUUUUGCUGUUUUGUCUUAUGUUCUUUCAGCCGUCAACUCACGUAAAGACGAGAAGUCAGAAACGGGGAAGGCCGAUCGUUCUAUUUCAUCGCAGAUCGACUUGAAAGAUGGGUUCAAUGAGCAUUCCCAUGUGUCGAGUCCUUUCAGGUCGGCCUGGGAUCAGUCCGAUUG